AUGGACGUGUGCGCGGCUCCCCCCCCGUACUCUCUAGGGUCGGGCGUCGCGGCUCUCGGCCACGACGCCUGCACGGUGGCCAUGCGGACGUUCGGCCUCCUCUCGGCCUCCCUGUUCGAGGUCGUCGGGAACUCGCCGGCCAUGGCCGUGCGCGUGGCGGCCGUGCGGGCCGGAGAGACCGGCAACAACGCAAGCGACUCCGGAGCCGCCGCCGGCCCGGAGUCGUCGGCAGCGGCAGCGGCGGCGGCGGCGCUGGCCGAGUUCGAGGUACCCCACAGCGAGCACCUCGGGGACGGCACUGUGGGGGUCGCAGCCCAAUCGGCGAGGCCCGUCUGCAUCGAGGUAGUCUGCCCUACGGCUGAGCGGCGGGGCUUUAACGGUGGGCGCGAGGGGACGGCGGCAGUGGCAAGCUCGCCCGACCCGUGCGGGGCGUCAUCGACGGUCCUGUGCAUUCCGGUCAUGCUGCAGGCGGCGCCGCUGCCGAAAGUGGCCACGACGCCAGCGACGGGGUUCGUGGGCGCUCCUCCGCCGGCGCUGGGUGGAUCGACGAUUCCCGGCGUAGAAGUCGUAGGGGUCUUGCGAGCAGCGCGUUCCGGCACCGGGUCUUUCGCGGGCGACGACGCUCGUGCCCUGUCGGCGUUCUCCGGGCAGCUGGCGCUCGCGAUGGUGGCGGAGCGGGCGGUGGCGGAGAGCCGCGCGGGGGCGGUCGCAAAGGCCUCCAGGGAGGCACGGUCGCUCCGCCGCCAGGCCUGCCGAAAGGUGGCCACGCUGUUCACGGAGAGGGCGGUGGCCGGGGCCCUCCUUCGCCACACGAGGGUCCCCGGGGGGGUAACCACGACCAAAGUCGCUCCUUCUUCGGGUGGGGCGGCGGCGGCGGCGGUGGACGGGCGGCGGAGGGGCGGGGACGACAAGGAGGAGUUGUGGAGAAGCGUUGCCGGGAUUGCGGCGAGGGCGCUGGGGUGUGAGCGGGUCGACCUCCUCCGCGUGACGUCAUUUUCCGACGGUGGCGGCGGCGGCACCGCACCGGCAGACCUCCUGUCGUCGCGCCGUCCCCCCUCGCGCUCGUUCAGGAGGCGUUCUAGGGAAGCACUGCUGGCGGCGCGGGCUUCUUCUUCUGCUGCUGCUUCUGUGGCCAGUAUGAGCGGUGAAGGCCGGGGUGGUGGGAGUGAGGGGCCGGACGCGGCUAUAGGGAGCUGGCUGUGUGUCCCUGUGUUGAGCCUCCCGUCGUCGCGGGCGGAGGACGGUGGUGACGGGGCGGUGACGGUGUGCUGCGCGGUGAACAAGAAGAACGGUCGAAGCUUCGGUGACGUGGACGAGGCCAUGCUCGGCACGAUCGCGGCCUUGUACGCCGUUGCCGCCUCAUGGCUACCGCCACCAUCGCUACCGCCGACUGCGGAAAGCUCGGACCACAACAACAACCACGACGACGAUGAGCAAACCGGCACGAGUCCCGCCGCCUUUCCCGGCUGGCCAGAAGCAACGGCGACGGUGGAACCCACGCCACGUGCAGCGAUGCGAGAGCUCCGACAACCCGACGGGUCUUCCUCGCCAUCGCUGGCAGCACCACCAUUACCAGCACAAGCACAACCAGCCGCAGCAGCACCAGCAGUCGGACCACAGCAAGAGUGGUCUCGACGCUUCGGCUCUUCCAGGCCGGAGCCGCGGCUGCUGGACGAAGACAACGGCGACCGAGAUAGCCGGCGGUCACCGACGGCUUUUGGCGGAGAGCAGCAGCAGCAGCCCCCUCCUCCGGAGGACGCUUUUUCUGGAGAAGGACGCCGAGAUGAAGCAGGAGACAAGAGGAGAAGCGGCAGCGGCGGCGGUGGUAGCGGCGACGGGAAGAUCGUGAGCAGUAACAGCGGGAACGAGGCGUCUCUGGCGAUCCACCGCGCAGCGGAGGCGAACGUCGAGCUCCGGGAGCGCGCGGAGCGCGCGGAGAGGAUGCUGGCGACGACGAGGACGAAGCGCGGGGAUGACUCCGGCUGGAGGGGCGGCGGGCGUCCUCGCGGCCGGGGGAGGACGGAAGCCAGGAAAGAGGGGGCGCCGGGGUGGCGGCAGCGAACCUCACCACCCCCAAGGAGCAACGUGCCCGCGUCUUCCUCCGACACGUGGGAGGGAGAGAGUCACUACCACAGCGACGAUACCGGGGAUCGGCGGCAGCUGGUUCGGGAUGAGGAGGCGCAGUCGCCGGAGGUGGCCGGAAGACAGCAGGGCGAUCGGCAGCGGCGGCGACGAAGGAGGCACUCUUCGAGCGCGGCGGGAACCUCCAGCAGGGUCAAGUGGCACGGGACACAGGAGGAGGAAGGAGGAGGAGUUGGCUUUGGAACGAGGCGGUCGCGAGUACGGCGGCGGCAGCAGCAGCAGCAACUGCGCGCGAGCGACGUGGCGCGAAUGCGACAGGUAGUAGAGCGGCUCAGGGUCGCCACCUACGAGCUGGAGGCGGAACGUGCUGGCCGGGCGGAUGCACCGGCUAGGGCAGGAGAAGGGGCCGAAGCCUCGCUGCCUCCUCCUGCUAAGCGCAGCAGCGGCGUCGUUCAUGAACGUGGUGUCACCCAGCAGCCGCCCCCGACGAUGCCGCCAAACGUAGCGGGUAGAGACGGAGGAAUACCGAUGGCGGCGGCGGCGGCGGCUGCGGAGAGGGAGCAGGAGGCUGCCGCCCUCGUGCGAGAAAACGCGAAUCUUCGGCGGAGACUGUUCGGGCUGGUGAUGUUGGAGGAGCUCGAGGGGAGAGCCGUGAGGGAAGGCUUGCUGCCGUUGACGGGAGGCGGGGGGGUUGCCGAGGACAUGUUUCCGUCCGAUAAAUAG